CUACUUCCAAUCGUGUCCUUGCUCGAUUAAGGGGUAUAUCCGCUUAGUUCCUUGGGUUUCAUCAGCCGUUACCGAACCUUUCCUUUUCAUGACUCAGUGCGAUUGCUCGAAGUGUCUCCCAAAUAGAAACCUAUCGAACUAGAUCAUACUCGCCUUCGAAGCCUCCUAAGCCGACGCCACUCCACCCAAGGAUUGUCUUUCUCGGCCCAAUCGCGCUACUUUCGAUAAGUUGGGGUCGGUUUCUCAGGUCCUGCAUAGAAUCUCGGAAAUUUCGGAUCUUGGAUCCAGUGACCGCAACCUUUUCAUGAUGUCGCACGCCGGCUAUUCUACGUCCAAUCAAUUCGGCAACAUCAAUGACGGUGUUGACCCCUCCGAACUGACCAUGCACAACAACGGGUUCGUGCCCUAUUCUUUUGGUUCACAACAAACGAGCUUCAACUUCGGCAACUCCGGAAUCGAUACGGACGAGUUGCUCGACUUGGAGAUUAAUGGCCAGAAUGGGAUCCAGCGUCCUGAUAGUAUGAAUUUCCUCCAGGAUCAGCACUCGAGCGCUGGGAUCUCGAUGGGUCAUCCAAACCAGAUAUCCCAAAUGUAUUCGAACACGCCGGAUGGGGCGCCUAUGCAUAGUCCCUUCUUGCAUAACAGUUUCAAUUACGACCACUUCCGGGCCAUGAAUCAACAGCAACCGGGUGCACAUAUGCAAAGUGCCGGUUCUCAUUUCGAGCAGAACUACAUGAAUACCAAGGCACGACCCACCUUGCAAACCAUGGACCGUUCUGCGGAUGGACGUAGUCCGAUGACUCCCAAAACUCCUGCUUUGGGCGCACUGACCCUCGGAACUCCGGAGUCAGGAAGCUUUCCCACCGCUCAGCCCAUCCGGACCGGACUGCACCCCCGACACCAGAAGACUCUCUCAAACCAGUGGGACGGCACGCCGGGAAGCGCUCAUUCGUUUGGUGUUGAAUCCCCUAUCUCAUCUCCUCCUAAUCCCCACCACGUUGGUAUCUCCGAGAUUUUGAAAUCUGGCAAACAUGCCUCCUUGCCGGCCAAGGUUGAUACACACAUGCCCGGGACUGCCCAGGACUUAGAGUCGCAGGAAGCCAAGCGACGACGUCGGAGGGCCUCGCAUAAUCUGGUCGAGCGCCGCCGGCGUGACAACAUCAAUGAGCGUAUCCAGGAUCUUUCCCAUCUCGUUCCUCAACAUCGGCUCGAAGAUGAUAAGGUCCGGAAACAGCUUGUCAAUAAUACUGCCAUGUCUAGCACUGGAGCUAGCUCAAACGCAGCCACAUCCUUGUUGGCCGGUGGCAACGGUCGCCGUGCGGCAGGCAACAUUACCAUGGGUUUGCCGAUUGAGGAAAAGGAGAAGGGCCCGAAUAAGGGUGACAUCCUGAACGGUGCCGUUGGCUGGAUGCGGGACUUGAUGUGGUCGCUGCACGUGAAGCUUCAACAGGAAGCUGAACUUGCAGAGCUGAUUAGCAGCCUGGGGGGUACUUGGCCCUUUGAACAAACCGAGGAAGAGAAACGCAUGCGAACGGAGAUCCUUGAUGCGCUAGAGAAGAAUGACCCCAGUUCAUUUAGCUAUAGCCGGGCACCUGGCAGUGGGUUGCGAGUGCCAAAGCAUACAAACAUGGCUGGAGAUUCCAUCGCGUCCAAUGGCGGUUUGAGCCCACAGAAUCUGAGCCCCUCUUUCAACAGCGGCGCUAGUAGCAACAGCGGUGGGGCUGGUCAGGCACAGUAUUGGAGCAGCUCUGGCCACGCGGGCAUGAGCUUCAAGGAAGAAGACGAGUACGCAAUGGAGAUGAAUUAGACAUCUUUGAUGGCGUUGUUAUGCCCAUUUGGGCUUCUACGAAUGCAUGCCAUGCAUGACCUAUUGCAUACAAGGCGUCAAAUGGGAGGGAUGGAGCGAUCUGGCGUACGGAAGUCUUGACAUAACCCAGACUAAUUCUUUGGUUCACUUGCACCUGGUUGGCAUGAUAUUUUCCUCGCUUGACUUUCCCGUGGUGGAUUUUCUUGGUUUACUUGUUUUGCCCUCUAUCAAUCGUGUUAUCUUUUUAUCACCAAUUGUCUGUUGUUCUCUUAUAGCAGUACCCCCUUCCCCUUGUCUUCUCACACCUUGUUUUGCUUACCUUUUCUUAUGCUUCACGCUUGACUACAAACUCAGACCUAUCGCUUUUUCUCUGUCUUUCCUAAUCUUAUGCAUAAUGACGGACAAGAUCGAUUCUACAUUGCUUGAAUUUUC